AUGAAGAUGACGAUGACGACGGCGACGGCGAGACGCCGGGGCCCGGCCUCGCCCGCCGAGGCGGCGACCCUCGUCCUCGCCCUCCUCUUCCUCACCUCGUCCGCCGCCGCCGCCGCCGCCGAAGAGUACGACUACUACAGCUGGCAGUCGGACAACUUCCACAACGGGCGCUUCUACGCCAAGCAGCCGCAGUGCGUGGACAUCCCCGGCGACCUGCGGCUGUGCCACGCCGUGGGCUACAAGCGCAUGCGGCUGCCCAACCUGCUGGAGCACGAGACCAUGCCCGAGGUGCGGCAGCAGGCGGGCAGCUGGGUGCCGCUGCUGGCCAAGCGCUGCCACGGCGACACGCAGGUGUUCCUGUGCUCGCUGUUCGCGCCCGUGUGCCUGGACCGGCCCAUCUACCCCUGCCGCUCGCUGUGCGAGGCCGUGCGGGACGGCUGCGCGCCCGUCAUGGAGACCUACGGCUUCCCCUGGCCCGACAUGCUGCAGUGCGACAAGUUCCCCGUCGACAACGACCUGUGCAUCCCCAUGCAGUCCUCCUCCGCGGGGCACGCCACGCAGGCGCCAGCCUCUAAGGUCUGCCCGCCCUGUGACAACGAGCUGAAGGCUGAGACCAUUUUGGAGCACUACUGCGCCAGCGACUUCGCGCUGAAGAUGAAGAUAAAGGAGGUGCAGAGGGACCGGGGCGACCGGAAGCUGGUGGCGGCGCAGAAGAAGAAGAAGGUGUUGAAGAUGGGCAGCCUGCGGAAGAAGGACCUGAAGAAGCUGGUGCUGCACCUGAAGAACGGGGCCGACUGCCCCUGCGCCCAGCUGGACAGCCUGGCCGGCAGCUUCCUCAUCAUGGGCCGGCGCGUGGAGCAGCAGCUGCUCCUCAUGGCCAUACACAAGUGGGAGAAGAGGAGCAAGGAGCUGAGAUACGCCAUCAAGCACAUCAAGUCCCAGCAGUGCCCCACCUACCACACCGUCUUCCAGUGACCGCACACCUACCGCACACACACACCUACCACACCGUCUUCCAGUGACCACACACCUACCACACCGUCUUCCUGUGACCACACCUACCCCACACACACCUACCACACCGUCUUCCAGUGAACACACACCUACCACACACACCUACCACACCGUCUUCCAGUGACCACACACCUA